AUAAACAUUUCCCCUUGUCAGACCUCAGAAUACAAGGUGACUUUGUAUUGAUAUGGGAGAUAAUAAUUUCGGGAUAAUGACUCUAACUAUAUAGUGACAGUCCUAUGCAACCUAUAGGCAGAUUUCGGGACACUGUAGCAUGUUAUUUCCACCGAAUAUCCUUUGUACGUUGACGUGUGGAAAAAUUAUUAGACAUUGAACGCUCUAUACGACCUAACCUAAGGCGCUAGUUUAAUGAGUCUUCAGAUGAGAUAUCAUAGAGUGUUGUUAGUUUUGUUGGUUUGUGUGCUAACUAGUUCAUGUAUAGCUCAGAGCCUGACUCACACGGAUAACUACACUUAUUUCAAUGUGUCUGGCUGCUUAGCAUUCUUUGCUCGUUCGAUUUCUGUAACAUUCGUUAGCGGGAAAACAGCUAGUAUCGUCCCUAUACCGGCAAGUUCAAUGUCACUUUCUCCACUUAGUAAAUGCUCUGAUAUAAAAUCGUUUCUCGUUUUCACGUCAUCAAAUGUUAAUGAAAUCUCCGACCUUAAUGUCAGCUUGACUUUUAGCAAAUCCGGUCGUUAUUGGGGUGUUUCUGAAUCAUCUGUUAGUAUCAAGUGUCAGUCAGGUUCCAAAUCAUGCGUCAAUGUGCCUGGAAAUCCCUUGGCCAUCAAAUGGGCUGAAGCCCCUGUCAGUCUUGGUUACAAGUGUACUAAACCUUCAGUUGCACCAGUAAUCUUUCCGUCAGGUUCUGUGAAUUCAGUUUCUUUUCAGUUCACUAGCAUCCAGGUCCAACCGUUCGGCGUAAAAGAUGGUGUGUUUGGUGAUGUCACAGAUUGUGUCGGGUACUUCAGUAUUGGUGUCUGGUCAUCACUUAUCGUCUCCAUCCUUUUGGUUUCUGUGUUAACAUAUGGCUUAGUCAUGUUGGCAUCUGUACAGCCUAGUGAAAUAUAUGAGGAUCCUAAAAAGAAAAUGAUUCAACUUGGUGGAGAUAACUAAGAACACAAGUUUUGUUCAAAGGGUUUAAUUAAACAGCUAUUCGUGAUAAAUAUUUAUCUAAUAUAGAUUUUGGUUCUGUGUUUUCAAGCAUAAUCCCUUUUUAUUUAUAUUCAAGACUUACUAUUCUUUUUGAUUUUCUCUCUAUAACGUUGCUGUAUUGUGUACAAUAGUCAUAUAUUCACUAAAGAUCCAUUUUGUCUUCUAUUUGUUUCUCGUUGUUGAUUGAUUAAAAAAAAUAAAAGAAUCGGAUCAAUUUAUAAUUUUCAUCUAA